AUGACUGAUAAUCUAAUCAGUAAUUUAUCACAACCAGGAAACGCAGGAAACGCAGGAGGAAAUAACAUGAAUGCAGGAGGAAAUAACAUGAAUGCAGGAGGAAAUAACAUGAAUGACGUAGGAAAUAACGCAGGAAACGACAAAGGAAAGAAGCCCAUUAAUGAUAAUCAAGCAGGAAACGACAUGAAUGAAGAUGACAUAAACGAAAUGUUCUCAUCUACCAGAGAGGCCCUUGAGACUAUUUUCCCGGAAGCUUCAAACAAAGAUAUUGAGAAAUAUGAGCAACAACUUAGUAAAGUAGACGACCUUGAUCCCGUACUUAUUAUCGUAGCAAAUCAAAAUUGGAUUAACCAAAACACGUAUGCGAAUUAUCAAAUGGUAAUGAAUGCAUUUGCUACAAACAGUCUUAAUAAUAGACGUAGAGACGAAGGUUCUUGCGCUAUUUUCUAUUUCCCAAAUGCCACUGAACUCUACACUGUGCGCAGAAACAUUCGCGGGCUAUACCCCAAUGCAUUCUUCGACCCCAACGUUCAACCUCAACCGGAGCCAAUCGGUACCGCUUGGAUUCUUCAUAAUGUGGCAGUGUGCAGGAGCGAUUUUGCGCUUGAUGAUUCAUUUUUUGUUCUUCAACCAUGA